CGCUCCCGAGGGACGAUGGAGCCCUGGAUGCUCCUGCUGGGGGCAGGAAUCGCCCUGGGCUGCGUGUCCGGCCAUCUGUACACAGCCCCCGACUCGUGCGAGGGACGCUGCGGGGAGCCCUUCAAUGAGGAGGACGAGUGUCACUGUCACCCCGAGUGCGGGGCAGAGCACAACUGCUGCGAGGACCACGAGAGGCACUGCGGGCCCGACGGAUUCUCCAGCAGCAGCGGUUCCAUCUCGGAGCAGGAGCUGCUGGAGCUCUCGGAGCAGCUCUACGGGCUGGACCACAACAAAGCCCGGCCCGGCGACAUCGCCCUGAACCCGCAGCACCUGGCGGGCCCCGACGAGACCGGCGACAAGGAGGACCGGUCCCCGCAGCCGCUCUACAAAUACGUGAACGAGGCGCUCUUCUCCAAGCCCACCUACGCCAGCUUCAUUAAGCUGCUGGAUAAUUACCAGAGGGCCACGGGCAGGGAGGAGGAGGUGACGGCCGAGGAGCUGCGGGAGCAGGAGCGGUUCCUCCAGGAGGUGAUGGGAACGGAGCUGAUGAAGAAACUCUUCGUGUUCCUGCAGGGGAAAAAUCGCUACAGCUCCGAGCAGGAGUUCCUGCAGGACCUGAACCAGAUGUGGUUCGGUCUGUACUCCCGAGGGGACGGGGAGCGGGAUUCCAGCGGCUUCGAGCACGUGUUCUCAGGGGAGGUGAAAAAGGGAAAAGUGUCUGGAUUCCACAACUGGAUCCGCUUCUACCUCCUGGAAAAGCAGGGCGUCCUCAACUACUUCAGCCACAACUUCGACGGGCCGUGGGACACGUACCCCGACGUGCUGGGGCUCCAGUUCAGCUGGGACGGCUUCUACAAGGAGGUGGGCUCGGCUUUCAUCGGCUGCAGCCCCGAGUUCGAGUUUGGCCUCUACACCCUCUGCUUCCUCGCGCGGCCCGGCCGGGCAUGCCACCUGAGCCUGGGCGGGCACCGCCUCAGUGUGCAGACCUACCCCUGGAGCAAGACCACCUAUGAUGGCGGCCGGAGAUUCAUCGCCACCGCCUACGUGAUGUCACCCUGAGCCGUGACGUCACCCUGAGGAUGACGUCACCCUGAGUGGUGUCACCCUGAGGGGGCUCGGGGGGCCGCGG